GCUCCCAUAUAGCAAUCAUAACACGUAGCUUACAAGCACCCUCAAUAUUUAUUUAUUAGAUCUGAUGCAACACACUCUACCUUAGUAACAGGAAGGCAUACACCAAUUUUAUAGAUUUUCUAUAAUAUAGCAACACGUAUCAGCUUAUAAUCCGUAUAAGAGCUUAAAUAGAUUAAAAACUAUUGCUCGUGCAGUUCCAUGUUGCGAUUCGAUAGGAAAACUAUUUUAUAAAUCUGGCACACAGCCGAGAUGUGCCCAAAGGGUUGUGGGCGGGUCAGCUCCAUUAAGAAGAGACCUUCAAUUAUGCAGCAUGAAAUUGUGAAGGAAUGAGAAGCACACAGAUUCAUAUUCAGUGCCAGAUUCGGAUUCAGUUUGCGAAUAUUUUUCAGCAUUACUUAAAGUAAAGUGCGCUGUAAUCUGUCAACUUCGUCUCCGUUUUUCAUCAUUGUCUGAAUUUGUGGUGCGGUUCUGUCUCUGGCUCUGUCAACAUUUUGCUAAAGAACACGGCAGGCGGCAUGCACUUCAAAAUGAAAAGCCUUCCUCCUCCGAUUCUCGAGUGUAAUUAAUUAAUUUCGCGCUCAUUUUGCAAUGCGAGCAUUGUUUGUUGUCGCUGCAACUGCAACUGCAAAACAUAAAUCAUAAUGUGCAAAUUUACAUAAUGUUCGCUGGGGCCACGAUGCCAGCUCAGUGAUCGUUCUACAUUGGUCUCGUGGACACGCGUCGUCGCCGGAACAGCCUCCAAACUAAUCCAAGGCUCUGAAGGAUAUAUCAAGCAACUAAAAACGUGUGAUUCGAAUUAGUUUUUGAGAAUGUCUCACGGUGAACGGAAAGCUCGCCUAAAUGUGGUUAAAUUUUUGGAAUUGGCCUUUUCCAUCGCCUGCCUUGUGCUGCAUUUCUACAGUUUCAACGAUCGCGACAUUAUGACGUCAUUCAUGGCAACGGGCACAUUCACCGGCUACAUUAUAGUUGUAAUUGGUGUAUUUGCAGGCGUUCUAAUGCGUGCACCAAUUCACAAGCGCAUAGACAUCUUCUUCAGUGUCCUCGGCUGUGCCCUGUUUGUGGCCAGCGGCGUCUUCAUAAUAGAGGCCUGGGAGUUCUCGUUUCGUACGCGCACACGGGAUUUGGCGCUGAUCAAGGCAUCGCUAUCUAUUGUGAAUGGUGUGUUGUUUGGGUUCGAUGCUAUCUUCACAUUUCGGGAUAAGUAAUAUAAUUAUCGAUAAAUAUAUAUAUAUAUUACAUAUAUUAUCGAUAUUCGCCCAAUGACCUUGCAUUUAAAUCUAAAUAAAUAACGUAUACGUACAUACAUAUUUAUACUUAACAGAUAAACUUCUUGCCAAAUUUAGAGAAAUCACAACGCAUACCAUUCAUACAUUUUGUAAAAAUUUAGUUUAAAAAAAAAUGAACGAUCAAAAAGACGCGUUUAUUUUAGCAUAUUUUUUCUGCUCUCUCACUCAUGUAGACAUUUUGUAUUUAUGUUUUUAGUCCUUUGCAUUAAUCAUAUUUUAUGUGACAUUUUUUUUGUAAUUGUUCUUGUCAAUAAACAAAAAUAUAAGCCUACAACAUGCAUCUAAUUUGAUUAUAAUUAGGCUGAGGCCCGCCCAUACACACACACAGCCAUACAUGCAUACACAUGCGGCAAUUGGCCGCUGACACGGAAAGCAUCAAAAAUACUUAGCUCGAACGCGCUUUUACAUGUUUAAAGUAGUUAGAUUUAAAUUUUUAUUGUGUUUUUUUUUUUUUGUAUGAUUUUUAUGCUUGAUUGACGUGAGAAAAUAUGCAACACCGUCUUUUUAAGUUGUCGUCGUAGUUGUUGUGUUGAUCUAGGGCUGCAUCUUUGGAUGUUGUUGCUGCUGGUUGCUGUUGGCUGUUGUUGUGGCUUUCUUAGGCAGAAUUGUGUAUGUUAAGGCGG